AUGGCCCACCUCGCACCCUCCGGAAAGUGGGACGCACGACACCUCGGCCCCGUCCCUCAUGACAGCAAGUACUACACAAAUUGCAUGAUUGGUGGUAUACUCGCGUGCGGUACCACCCAUGCAGGUAUCACUCCUCUCGAUGUCACAAAGUGUAACAUGCAGGUCAACCCCGGCAAGUACAAGGGCCUCGUCACCGGUAUCCGCACGAUCGUGGCGGAGGAAACCUCCGCGGGUCUCUGGAAAGGCGUUGGGCCCACGUUCGUUGGAUACUCUCUCCAGGGCAUGUUCAAGUACGGUCUCUAUGAGGUCUUCAAGGACGCCUACAUGAACCUGGCCGGCGAGGAGGCGUCGAGCAAGUACAAGGGUGCGAUCUGGCUGGCGGGCUCCGCGUCCGCCGAGUUCUUCGCCGACAUCGCGCUCUGCCCGCUGGAGAUGACAAAGGUCAAGAUCCAGACGAGCCCUUCGGGCACGUUCCCCGUCCCGAUGGCGGCCGCGCUGAGGGAGAUGAGCAAAACAAAGGCGGACACGCGGUACCCGUUCGGGUCGCUCGUCCCGCUCUGGUCGCGCCAGAUCCCGUACACGAUGGCCAAGUUCUUCUUCUUCGAGUAUAUCGUGCAGAUGUUCUACAGCCACGUCUUCACCGCGCCCAAGGAGUCGUACGGCAAGCCGACCCAGCUCGGUGUCACGUUCGCGUCCGGUUACCUCGCCGGUGUCGUCUGCGCGGUUGUCUCCCACCCCGCCGACUCGCUCGUCUCGCAGAUGGGUAAGGCGGCUAACAAGGGCAAGUCGCUCGGCCAGAUCGCCUCGGAGGUCGGUAUCGCCAACCUCGCGACCCAGGGUCUUGGUACCCGUGUCCUCAUGAUCGGUACCCUCACUGGCUUCCAGUGGUGGAUCUACGACUCAUUCAAGUCUGCCAUGGGUAUGGGUACGACUGGUGGGAAGUGA